AUGCCACUUUCUCCUUUCCCAUACCUUCUGCGCUCCGUUGUCAAAAGAAAUUCACAUACAUUUUGUUCGAUCUCGUCACAAAUACACCUCACCACAGCCGCCAAAUUCAAUGAAAUUUCAUUUCCUCUUUUGCAUCUAUUAAUUAAAUUCCAAAUCUGCUCGCAGGUCAAUCAGCCGGUUGUACUGCUCGCAUUUCCCAACGCAGUGCCUGUUGGUCUCGACUCAGAUUGGCUCCGUCUCCUUCACAACAUGGUCACCACACAUCGGGCCAGACGACCCUCCAGUCUACAGCAGACCGAGCCACUUGAGCAUACCGAACAUCGGCACGGGGUUGUCUCUCUUUUGAGGCGUCCGGCUGCCCAAUGCCUGGAACGCCCCGAUCGGAGCGUC